AAACUCUGCGGCAGAGACAGUGGAGCAAGAGCUGUUGUUUGUUGGAUCUGAGACAGGAAAGCUAACGGCAAUGCGAGAGCUUGUUAAAAAGGGUUUUGCUCCUCCGGUCCUUGUUUUUGUACAGUCUAUUGAGAGAGCUAAAGAGCUUUUCCAUGAACUUAUUUAUGAAGGCAUCAAUGUGGAUGUUAUCCAUGCAGACAAAACUCAGCAACAGAGAGAUAACGUAGUACGCAGUUUCAGAGCUGGGAAGAUUUGGGUGCUCAUCUGCUCAGCCUUACUAGCUCGAGGGAUCGACUUCAAAGGAGUGAAUAUGGUCAUCAAUUAUGAUUUGCCAACGAGUGCAGUGGAAUACAUCCACCGGAUAGGUCGUACUGGAAGAGCAGGACACACAGGAAAAGCUGUCACUUUCUUUACAGAAGAUGAUAAACCUUUAUUACGGAGUAUAGCCAGUGUUAUUCAGCGAGCUGGCUGUCCCGUGCCAGACUACAUAAAACACUUGCCCAAACUGCAAAGCAAACAAAAGAAGAAAUUAAUUAAGAAGCCAUUGAGAAGAGAAUCCAUUUGUACCACCCCUCAGUGCUUCUUAAAAAAAGCCAAAAGAAAAAUGAAAACUACAAAGGAAAAUAUUAAGGAGAAAAAGAAAGUUAAAGAAGAUAAAACUGGCAGCAAAUUGCAGACUGUUUCCAAAAGCUGA